AUGCAAGCAGUGGUGUUCAAGGAGCCCUUCAAGGUGGCGGUUGAGCAGCGGCCCAUCCCCACAUUGCAGGGUCCCGAAGAUAUCAUCGUCAAGGUGAAAUAUACGGCGCUAUGUGGAAGUGAUCUGCAUGUCUAUCGUGGCAUUGAGCCUAGCCCCGAGGGUCCUAUCAUGGGCCACGAGUUUAUGGGUGAGAUUGUCGAACUUGGCAGUGAUGUGAAGGGCCUCCAGAAGGGAGACCGUGUGGUCAGUGCUUUCACCACAUCGUGCGGCAAGUGCUUCUACUGCAAGCAAGGGUUCUCUUCGCGCUGCGAAAAGAGUACGCUGUUCGGAUGUGAAAUGCUGGAUGGUGGCCAGGCUCAAUAUGUCCGAGUUCCCAAUGCCGAGGGCACUGUUAUGAAGGCCCCCGAGGGGGUGGAUGAGAAAUAUCUUGUCCUGCUAGGCGACAUCUUUCCCACUGGCUAUUUCGCCGCUUUGAAUGCGCUGAAGAACUCAACCCCGGAGCAGAUCGCUGAGCAGACCGUGGUGGUCAUCGGCCUUGGUCCGGUUGGUCUCUGCGCACUCAUCAAUGUCCUCGAAUUCAAGCCCAAGCAUGUCCUGGCAGUUGACUCUGUCCCGUCGAGACUAGAGCUUGCCAAGUCACUGGGUGGUGAGCCUUGGAACUUCAUGACUGACCGUGAGGGUCUGGACAAGCGUGUGAAAGAGCUUACAGAGGGACGUGGUGCUGAUGCGGUUGUCGAGGUGGUCGGGCUGAGUCCGGCGCUGCGCACUGCCUAUGAACUACUGCGACCGUGGGGAACGAUCAGUAGUGUAGGAGUUCAUAAUGCCGAGAUUCCGUGGGAUGGCAAUGAUGCGUAUUCGAAGAACCUCACUGUUCAGAUGGGCCGGUGCCCUGUUCGAUCAGUCACCCCUGAGGCACUAGAGAACCUGAAGAAGAACCAGCACAAACUUGGAUUCAUGACGGAGAAGAUUAUGCCGCUCUCACAGGCUGUGGAGGCGUAUGAGCUGUUUAAUGCGAUGAAGGUGCAGAAGGUGGUAUUUUUGGCAGAUGAGUGA